AUGUCGGCCGGGGGUGAGCAUCUCAAAGAUGAAGGCACCAAGCGCCAAGUCGUGCUGGCCGGUGGCAUUGCCGGACUGAUCUCGCGCUUCUGCAUUGCGCCGCUAGAUGUGGUCAAGAUUCGGCUGCAAUUGCAAAUCCAUUCUUUAUCAGAUCCAUUAUCUCAUCUGGUCGCCAAUGGCCCAGUGUACAAAGGCACACUGUCCACAAUGCGAACCAUUGUGAAGCAGGAGGGCAUUACUGGUCUAUGGAAAGGAAAUAUUCCCGCCGAGAUGAUGUAUGUCUGUUAUGGUGCCGCUCAAUUCACAGCAUAUCGUGGCACAACUCAGGCCCUCGCUCAGCUCGGCCCCUAUCGACCUCCCCCAUCUGUCGAAUCUUUCCUCUCCGGUGCCGUAGCGGGUGCUUGUGCCACAGUAAUGACGUACCCGCUUGACCUCCUCCGCACUCGAUUCGCCGCUCAGGGCCCAGACCGCGUAUAUCACUCCUUGAGGGCAUCGAUUGUGGAUAUUGCUCGACACGAGGGAGCACCGGGGUUCUUCCGAGGCUGCUCAGCUGCCGUCGCACAGAUUGUACCAUAUAUGGGGUUGUUUUUCACAGCAUAUGAAGCACUUCGACCAGUCAUGACGGUAUGGGACUCGUUGCCUAUGGGUACUGGGGAUGCUGCUGCGGGUGUUGUAGCCAGUGUGCUGGCCAAAACGGGCGUCUUCCCACUGGACCUCGUUCGCAAACGCCUACAAGUGCAAGGUCCGACGCGAACGCGUUACGUCCAUCGCAACAUCCCGGAGUAUACCGGAGUUUAUCGAAGUAUGGCGGUGAUUGUUCGAACACAGGGCAUCCGCGGUCUAUACCGAGGCUUGACGGUCAGCCUGAUCAAGGCGGCACCGGCCAGUGCUAUAACGAUGUGGACUUACGAGCGCGCACUGAAAACCCUCCAAGAGCACAAUAUCGCAGCUGAUCGCUGA